AUGGCCCCGACCGCGACUACCUCGCCAGCAUCGGCUACGGCCACCUCCACAGCAUCUGUAACCUGUAUUAGCGUUGCUCCUGGAAAGAAUGGAUACCUUCCACCAGAGUCUUGCGAUGCCCUUCUCUACUAUGUUCCAUCGUUCGCGGCCGCCAUCUUAUUCUGUGUCCUAUAUGGGUUGACCACCAUCAUGCACACCAUCCAAGCAUUUAUCUACAAAAAGCCAUACGCCUGGGUAAUAAGCAUGGGUUCAGCCUGGGAGCUAGUAGCCUUUAUCUUCCGAGCCCUUCAAACACGGCAUCAGAACAAUGAGAACUAUGCUACCAUUUACACCAUCUUCUUCCUACUAGCACCGAUCUGGAUCAACGCCUUCCUAUACAUGACCCUCGGCCGCAUUAUCUACUUCUACCUCCCCCAACGCAAGCUAGCAGGCAUCUCCGCCCAACGCUACGGCAUAAUAUUCGUCACCCUGGACAUAAUCGCCUUCCUAGUCCAACUGGCAGGUGCCUCACUAACAAGCAAUACCGGCACGGAAACAAAAACCGUCCUGCUCGGUUUGCACAUCUACAUGGGCGGCAUUGGCAUGCAGGAAUUCUUCAUCCUUUGCUUUUCGGGGCUAGCGAUCCAGUUACAUCGAAUCAUACUUCAUAUGGAGAGAGAUGGGGUGCUUGGUUUGGAGAAGCUUCAGCAGGGUGCGUUCUCCUGGCGGUGGUUGUUCUAUUCGGUUUAUUUUGCGCUGGGGAUGAUCACUAUUCGUAUUAUCUUUCGUAUUGGACAGUAUGCGCAGGGAACAUCGACCAAAAACCCGGUUCUCACGCAUGAGGAGUAUGAAUACGUGUUUGAUGCCUUGCCCAUGUUGUUCGGAUUGAUAGCCUUGAACAUAUUUCACCCCGGUCGCAUUCUUCAGGGGCCGGACUCGAGCUUCCCGAAGAAAAGUCGAACGGAGAAGAAAGAGUUGAAGGCACAGAAAAAGGCAAUUAAGAUGGAGAAGAAGAUGGAGAAGAAGAGGCUGAAGCAGAAUGCUCGUUCGCCGAUCGAAUUGGAAAACGAGCAAUUCAAUGAGCCUCUAGAUGAACGGGCUUAUAUGCCGGAGAACGUUGGUUCGGGGCGAUUCUACAAUGUCUGA